UUAUAACAACUAAGAUAAAUUUGUAUUGUAGUUGAUUAGUUAGCAAAGUUAUAAUCUUACAAAAUAUAUAUUUUUUCUUUAUGAUGUUAUUUUAUUUUAUUCUAUAGAUACAUAUACCUAUGUUUGAAUUAAAGUAUAAGUUCAAACUUCUAUACUAUUAUUAAUUUGGAGAAAAUUUCAUUAAAACUAUGGAGAAAACAAAACGACCAUUAAACGAAGACGAGACGGAAAAACAAGAGUUAUCUUUGCCUCAAAAAAAAUACUACAGACAAAGAGCACAUUCAAAUCCUAUUGCCGAUCACGAUUUUGAUUACCCCAGUUGUCCAGAGGCUUACGAUUGGUCAACACUAUACCCAGAUAUAACAAAUGAAAAAUCCAACAUUUAUAACAAGCGUGUCGAAAUGUUGGACAUUGGAUGUGGUUAUGGUGGUCUCUUAGUUACUUUGUCUCCCAUGUUUACGGAUUCUUUAAUUCUUGGAAUGGAGAUAAGAGUAAAAGUGUCUCAAUAUGUAAUUGAGAGGAUCAAAGCACUUAGGGCCAAUCAACCCGAUUGUUUUAAUAAUAUAGCAUGUAUAAGAACAAAUGCAAUCAAAUACUUGCCAAAUUUUUUCAAAAAAGGCCAAAUAAAAAAGAUGUUUUUUCUUUACCCAGACCCCCAUUUCAAAAAAUCUAAACACAAGUGGAGAAUCAUCAAUGACACUACAUUGUCUGAGUACGCUUAUGUGUUAGCUGAAGAGGCACUAGUGUAUACAGUUACUGAUGUAAAAGAUUUGCAUGAAUGGAUGGUUAAGCAUUUCUCUGAACAUGGUUUAUUUAAACGUGUAGAAGAUGACUAUUUGAAAGAUGAUCCUGUUGUUGAUAAGCUAUAUGAGAGUUCAGAAGAAGGAAAAAAAGUGACAAGAAAUAAUGGAGACAAGUUUUUAGCAGUUUUUAUGAGAAUUAAGGAUCCAGAUUUAUAGUGUAUAAUAUCAUUUAACAAAUAUAUAUUUUUUUAAAGGAUAAA